GGACAUUGCCAAAAUACCGAAGAUGCUGCGAUCUCUGGCGAAUACACGAAACGAAUUCGGAGCCCUGCGCUCUGUGCUCCUCCGAUCGAAUACCGUUAGCUCCGGCCGCAGAUCCGGCGCCAGCUUGGGCGUCCGUGCUCUUAGCUGCCAGCUGAACAAUUCCCGGAAUCUCCAUAGUAUCAGGUCUAAUCUUACCCCGCCAAAGCCCCUGACAGCAUGGAGCUACAACUUUGCCCGCGCCUACGCCAGCCUGCCAGAGCACAUGAGGGUGCCACUGCCCGCCCUCUCACCCACCAUGGAGCGCGGUUCGAUUGUCAGCUGGGAGAAAAAGGAAGGCGACAAACUCAACGAAGGUGACUUGCUGUGCGAAAUCGAGACGGACAAGGCCACCAUGGGCUUUGAGACUCCCGAAGAGGGUUACCUGGCCAAGAUUCUCAUCCCUGGCGGCACCAAGGACGUUCCCGUUGGCAAGCUCCUGUGCAUCAUCGUUCCCGAUCAGGGCAGUGUAGCCGCCUUCAAAGAUUUUAAGGAUGAUGGACCUGCUCCUGCCGCCGCUGCCCCACCUCCAGCUGCUCCGGCAGCAGCUCCUGCACCAGCAGCGGCACCGGCUCCAGCCCCAGCUGCUGCUCCAGCACCCGCCGCACCAGCACCCGCUCCAGCCGCUGCCCCAGCUGCAGCAGGUACGGGCCGCGUGUACGCCAGUCCGAUGGCCAAGAAACUAGCCGAGGCACAACAGCUGCGUCUACAAGGCAAGGGCAGUGGAGUCCAUGGCUCAAUUAAAUCUGGUGAUCUUGCAGCCCAGAAAUCGGGGGCCAAGGCCGCUGCUGCCGCUCCUGCAGGCCCCGCUCCUCCAGCACCAGCAGGAGCUCGCUACCAGGACAUCCCGGUGACCAACAUGAGGGCCAUCAUCGCCAAGCGCUUGCUGGAGUCCAAGACACAACUGCCUCAUUACUACGUCACCGUUCAAUGUCAAGUAGAUAAGUUGAUGAAGUUCCGGGCUCAGGUCAACAAGAAGUACGAGAAGAAGGGUGUCCGUGUCUCCGUAAACGACUUCAUUAUCAAGGCCACUGCCAUCGCCAGUCUUAAGGUGCCCGAGGCCAACUCCGCAUGGAUGGGCCAAGUGAUCCGGCAGUACGAUGACGUGGAUGUCUCGGUGGCUGUCUCCACGGACAAGGGUCUCAUCACACCGAUUGUCUUCAAUGCCGACCGCAAGGGCGUCAUUGAGAUUUCCAAGAAUGUCAAGGAGCUGGCCGGCAAGGCCCGGGAGAACAAGCUGAAGCCACAGGAGUUCCAGGGCGGCACUAUCUCGGUGUCUAAUCUGGGAAUGUUCGGUGUUAAUCAGUUCUGUGCCGUAAUUAAUCCCCCGCAAUCGUGCAUCCUGGCCAUUGGAACCACAACGAAACAGCUGGUUGCCGAUCCCGACAGUCCAAAGGGCUUCAAGGAGGUCAACCUACUGACCGUCACCCUCAGCGCUGACCAUCGGGUAGUGGACGGCGCCGUGGCUGCCAGGUGGCUGCAACACUUCCGGGACUACAUGGAGGAUCCAGCUUCAAUGAUACUCUAAGCAAACGGCACCCGGCACGAAUCAACAUAUGUAGGGACUCCAACGAAAACAUUAGAUGCUGGCCUCGGUUAGGCGGGGAUUUUUUGGUCGACAUAAACUAGAUGGACGUGUGGAUUCAAUUCGGUGUUAAUAUAUAUAUACGUUAAAUAUGUGAAUUUUUACGAUUGGUUGGCCAUCCUCAUUGCAAUAUUGGCAGUCUCCGAUUUUAGCACUUGCAUAAAAAAAAUAUACCUAUAUUUAUAAAUUUAAUUGUGUAAAGUUCGAUGUAGUUAGUGCCGAUGGCCACGCGGCAUCGCUGCCAUGAUUGUAGUACACUCAAAAAAAUGAAACUAGCAUGAUAUUUACAUUACUCACAAAGCUGUAAAUUUCCGAGAUAAACAUACACAUUAUGGAGAGAGCGUAUGUUUCGAUCGAAUAUGUUGAACAUGAUCGACUAAAAAGACGAAAGUAACUAGUUGAAAGUCCAAAGACGCGUUGAAUAAACCCAAAACACACUCACAUGUACUAGCCAAUUCAUAAAA